CUGAAGCGCUAAUAUUCCUCUUUACAAUGGGACUUGUGCUAGCUGUGAAUAAGACGUGGCAUUACAGCUGAAUGAAAUCUCGCGAGAACAAGGAGCAUCCCUAAAGUUAAGCAAGUCGUGUGUUAUGUGGCCACACCUUCACUGGAGAUGGCAUUCCCGGAUUAAACAUUUAACCAUCGUGGAGGUAACAUGUCUGCUGCCAUGUCGACAGUCUGGUUAUUAAUACCACUCCUCAUUACUCAGGUAUCCUCUUCAGUCCUCCCCUCUAUGUCCCUUCUGCAGAAGUCUUCCUCGUCCCCGGUCAACUGCCAUGCCACGGGUUUCUACCCCAACAGAGCCAGGCUGUUCUGGACUAAACAUGGAGUCGAGCUCCAUGAGGGUGUGGAACCUGGGGAGAUCCUGCCCAACCACGACGGGACCUUCCAGAUGAGUGUGAAAUUGGAUGUGUCCUCUAUCCAACCUGGAGACUGGGGCAGCUACAACUGUGUGUUCAGGUUUAGCGAUGAUGCUGACAAAAGCAUCAGCAUCAAACUGAACAGAGACGAGAUCAAGUCCAACUCUCGUCCCUCCUCAAAGUUUCCCAUCGGCCUCGUCGUUGGAGCCAUUGUAGGUUCUCUGAUUAUUGCCAUUGUCUUUGUCGGAGUCUGGAGAUACAAGCAACGUUUUGGCAGAAGACAAGUGAUAACAUAAAACACUAUCAAUAAAUAGUAUGAAUAAGCAUUUUAACCAAAUGCACUUCAAAUCUGCUUCAUACAACCAAGAUUCAGGUUUGAGUUCAGAAUUGAGUCUGUGCUGAAGAGUCUGUUUGUGAACACUUUGAAUAGAAGCAGCUACAUCAAUAUAAAUAUGUAAACAACUGCAUCACAUCUGAGGAUGUACAGACAGUAUUUUUACUUCUGGAGCCAUAUUAAAAAGUAUUACUGUAUAUUUUACAAGAGGAGCCAUUCAUCUGCCUGGUGUUGUUUAUUUUAGUUUUGCUUGUUUGUUUGUUUGUUUUUUAAUACCAUUAAUAUUUUUUGUUAGGCUUGAAGAUAUAAUACUGUAUUCUUCAUAAUUUUGUCCAAAUCUCUUAAAGAGGUUUAUCUCUGGGUCAUCUUUGCUCAUCUAACACCUGUAGUGCUGAAUAACAGCAAAUAA